AUGUCUCAUGCUCCAAAGCAUCAGCACUACACACUUGAGCAAGACCAUCAGGCCCAAACUGAGGCACAGGGUCUGGUGGCUAUACAGGUUCCAGCAGCUGAGGAGGAUUCCUGUUCUUCCUCCUUCAACUUGUCCUUCCUCUCUUCCUUUUCCUGUGCCCCCAAUUCUUCCCCAUCCUCUCCUAAACUCGUCAUCUCCUCAUCCCCCUGUUCUUCAUCUUCCUCCUUCCACUUCUCCUACUUCUCCUCCUCCUCCUCCUGCUCUUCUCCUCAGAACCUGGGCACCCAGGAUGAGGUAGAGGUUCCUACUGCUGUGGUACCAAGUACUCACCAGAGUCCUCAGAAAUCCUUUUCCAUCUCCACUUCAACGAGCAUCUCGGAUGAGGAUUCCAGUAGCCCAGAAGAAGAGAAAAUUCCAAGCACCUCGCAGGCCUCAGUAGGCGCCGAGUCCUCAUCCAGAGAUCCAUUAGAAGACACGGUGACUGAUUUAGUACAGCUCCUGCUCCUCAGGUAUCAAAUGAGGCAGCCCAUCACAAAGGUAGAAAUGCUUAAGGUUAUGAGCAAAAGGUCCAAGAACCAAUUCCCUGUGAUCUUCAAGAAAGCCUGUGAGUGCCUGGAAAUGGUCUUUGGCAUUAAUGUGAAGGAAGUGGGUCCCCCCAUCCAUUCUUAUGUCCUUGUCAAUUCACUGGAUCUAACAUAUGAUGAGGUAGUGAUUAAUGGUCAAGGCAUGCCCAAAAAUGGCCUCCUAAUAAUUAUCCUGGGUGUGAUCUUCCUGGAGGGUAACCGCAUCCCUGAGGAAGACAUCUGGGAAUUGCUGAAUAUUAUGGGGGUGUAUGCUGGGAGUGAACAUGCUAUCUAUGGGGAGCCCAGGCAGCUCAUCACCAGAGAUUGGGUGCAGGAGAAGUACCUAGAGUACCAGGAGGUGCCCAAUAGUGAUCCUGCCCGCUAUGAAUUCCUCUGGGGUCCAAGAGCCCACGCAGAGACCAGCAAGAUGAAAGUCCUAGAAUUUUUGGCCAAACUUAAUGGGACUGACCCCAGUUCCUUUUCACCUUGGUAUGAGGAGGCUUUGAGAGAUGAGCAAGAGAGAGCUCAAGCCAGAAUUGCCCUCACAGGUAGCGCUACUGAAGGGCUCCUUGCACAGUGUGGGCCAGCAGCCUUCCUGCCCCGGAGGAAGACUGAGGCAGAUUCUUCACUCGUUGAAGAGGGCAGUCAAUGUUCUCAAUAG